AUGCCGGUUGACGCAAAGAAACUGGUCAAAAAAGCGAGUCAGCAUAUGAAGCCGGUUGAGAAGUUUGCAUGCGAAUCACCGCGAAACCAUACGACAGAAGGGUGAGUAUCAGAAUUCAUAUUUUCAAGAGUAAUUUUAAAUUUCAGAGAAAUCAUUAGUUUCGAUUAUAUGUGGGCGACACACGUGACAGACGAAGACUUCGAGUGGGUAUUCUCUUUGUUCAAGUCGAAUAUGCAGAGCAUGUAAGCGAUUUUCACAUUAAGAAUAAGCGAAAACGGAUUAUUUCAGGUACCAAAUGUCUCAAUGGGGGUACGACGAGAACUCGAAGCGCAACGAGCUCCGCGCCACGACUGCUCGCUUCAUAUUUGCUAAGAACUCGAUGGGCGAGAAAAUCGGAUUCCUGACGUACCGAUUCGUUGUCGACACCGGGCUUCCAGUCGCCUACUGCUGGGAACUUCAAAUUCUGCCCGGCUACCAGAAGAAAGGCAUUGGAGGCAUGAUGCUCGACACUCUGGAGAGGCUCUCUUCCAAGUAAGCAUAAUCGUCACUUCUGAUUCAUAUUAAAUAUUUUCAGAACCGGCAUGGAAAAGGUGCUGGCGACGGUCUUCCUUUACAACUCGCCGUCGCUCGGAUUCUUCCACAAGCACGGCUACUCCAGCGACGAAACGUGUCCGCCUGACGAUUCCGGACUCGAUUAUGCGAUUCUCUCGAAAAAAACACCCGCUAAAUAG